AAGAUCCGUUUGAACCGCUCGAUUACAUCACGCCGGAGAUAAGCCGGAAAAGGCUAUUUUAGUGUUUCAGGUUUUCUCUUUUAUACUACGACGACGAUGUAGGAUGACUAGAGAUGCUGCCCUCCAUUCGACAGCUGCAUCCAGGUGGUGAAGAGUGGAGGCGGAGACAGGCGCUGAGCUGCACAUGGUGCUGUAAGCGCCGCAAGAUCAGAUGUGAUAGGAACCAGCCGUGUGCGCCAACAAGUGUCUCUGGAACUGUCGUCGAGCCGGCUGAAAAGUACGCGACUCGGGCCGAGUACGACGAGCUCAAAGCGCGGGUAGAGCACCUCGAGGCUCUCGUCGAGCGGCUUACCCAAUCCCAAUCCCAGUCCCAGACUCAGUCCCAGCCUGGACCACCGCCGUUCAUCACCCCGCCUCCGCAGCCAAAAAACUGGGCAGCGCUGACGUUCCUGGUCCUGGGCGGACGUCAGCGCUGUUCUCGCCGCCUCCACCGCAGCCGCCAGCCGUCUCGGAGGUAUACCGGCCCCGGAUCCCCUUUUAAUCCACCAUAUCAGUCCCCGUACUCCCCGUAUUCGCCUUACCCAUAUUCCCGCUCAUUCCCCGACGUACUCGUCUUAUGCUCAGUCGUCAAUCCCGUCUACCUCCAC